UGGCGCUCACUAACCACAUUUAAUCGAGGUCCUGAGCACGACCGAAGGUCGGAGUGUUUUUUGCAAGAUGGCAGCGUCUACAGCACAGGUGCUUUCUCUGUAUCGCAAGCUUAUGAAAGAAAGCAGUAAAUUUCCCUCUUAUAAUUACAGGACGUACGCCUUGCGCCGGGUGCAAGAUGCCUUCAGGGCAAACCGGAGUGUAGAAGACCCUAAGAUGGUGGAGCAGCUCUUAAACCAGGGCAGGGACAACCUAGACAUGAUCCGGAGACAGGUAGGCCUACCACAAACACACGCACACGCACACACACACACACACACACACACUGGUUCAUGUAAGAACAAAGUUAUUCCAGCAAGGACUUAAGUAUUUUGAUGCUCA